CAAGAUAAACCUGUUGAUUUUCCAACCCAGCACGGGACCCUUAACUACAACGCGUUUCGCGGUUCUGCAUGUAAUUUGCAAUCAUUUCUACCAUCGACUUACACAGGAGAACUCUAUAUCGAAACUAUGUCUACAAAGUUCAGCUGCAUUGUAGCAGUUUGCGAAAACCGCGGUAUCGGUAUCAAAGGAGAUCUACCAUGGAAAUUAAAGCAAGAACUGAAGUACUUUUCACGAACUACGAAGAAAGUGGACGAUGCUGGCAAACGAAAUGCAGUCAUUAUGGGAAGAAAAACUUAUUUUGGUGUGCCUGAGAGUAAGCGACCAUUACCUGAUCGCUUAAAUAUAGUUCUAACGCGCAAUGCCUCGUCGCAUGCAUUUCCUCCGGAUGUGCUUGUUUGCGGUAGUCUCCAAGAAGCAUUGGUUAAGCUUGAUACGACGAACUAUGGCAAGGAUAUCGAAAACAUUUGGGUUGUUGGCGGUAACAGCGUGUACAAAGAAGCCAUGGAAUCCAAUCGUUGCCAUCGUGUCUAUUUGACGGAAAUCAAAAAACAGUUCGAAUGUGAUGCGUUCUUCCCAGAAAUGCCCAAAUCGUUUGUGCUUGUAGACAAUGAUCCUGAUAUUCCGAAUGAUGUGCAAGAAGAAAACGGAAUCCAGUACAUGUACAAGAUUUAUGAGAACAAACAUUAACAAACAACGUUUGAAUGGUCGAGGCGCAACUUACGUUCUAUCGUCAUCGAUCAUCGCUUAGAUUCUUGCAAAAGUUCAUACAGCUGUGCAAGCUGUUCAUCGCGGAAGUGGUUUAGUUGAUUUUCUGUCAAAUCUUCUCCUAGCAUUCCAACCGGUCCAGGCUUACCACGCAAGCCUAAUUGCUGUGCCAGAUUAAUUGCAUAUCCCUAUAAGAGUUAGGAAAAAUAGUAUCACCAGUGUCGGAAAAACGUAUGAUGAAUCUUCUUUUCGAUAUAAAUAUAAAUCAUCCAUCGAGCAUUAA